AUAAUAUUUUAGGGUUUUAUAAUCUAGUAUUGAGAACAUGUUCCACAAAAUACAUUUGUAAAGGCUAGGAUGGAUUUAGCUUAUUGUAAAAAGUUUAGUGAAAAUCAACAUGACAAAGAUUGUGAACAGAUUGAAAUUGCAUAAACACAAAUACUCAUUUGUAACCUGCUCACUGUACAGAACGUAACUGCAUAUUCGGAUGCAUUUGUUGCAUCCUUACAAAGGAUUUUCUAUUGUGCAACGAACUAUUCUCGAGGAUUGUACCGUGAAGUUUUUUUUAACAUGCAAGCUAAUAUAAGCAGUUUGAGAAGCUUAUUAAUUUAUCCAAAAACAUCUAACUACGGUGAAAUGAUAACUUUAGUAGAUGCAGGCAUAAACAAACCCAAUUAUUGUCAGCGAAUUCGUGGAUGGUUUGUAUCUUCACAACAAGGAAAUCAUACAUUCUAUACCUCAUGUGAUGACAUAUGUCAACUGUAUUUAAGUGAUGAUAUCGACCCUUUAAACGCUCAUCUUAUCAUUUCACAAAGUAUGUGGACAACCCAUAACAACUGGUACAGUUAUCCAUCUCUUCAAACCUCUCAACCAAUACCAUUAAAAAAAAAUUACAGUUAUUAUAUUGAGUUAGUGAUGUUAAAUACUGGUACACCAGAUGGUCUAUCAAUGGCGGUAAAAAUGCCAAAUAAUAUAAUGAAAGCACCAAUAUCUAAUGACCUUCUGGGAAAUAUUAAGGUUUGCUCAUCAGGUUCUUGCAAUUCUACAAACAUCGAAAAGUGUUUUUAUGUUAAUUCCAGUUAUGCAGUUUGCACAUGUCAAAAUGGCUAUUACCCAAUAAAUGACCAAUGUUUUGAUAUUAAUGAGUGUUUAUUUUUAUGCAACUUUGCUAACAGCAUUUGUGUUAACUUUGAUGGUGGUUACAACUGUUCAUGUAAAACAUUUUGGCAGUUAGCUAGCAAUGGUCUUAGUUGUAUUGAUAUCAAUGAGUGUUCUGUUGGAACUCAUAAUUGCUUUGGAGAAAAAAUUUCAUGCAUCAAUCAAAUAGGUGGUUACAAUUGCACAUGUGAUAAUGAUUGUUGGAUUUUAAAGCCUAAUCUUCAAGAUCAGAGAUGUGAAGAAAAGAACACUACUGACGCUAAAUGCACUCCUAAGUUAACAGUCAAUGUUUUGGGAUCAAUCAAUAGAGAAUUGUUAGAAUUAAAAUUAGAAAUAAUUUAUUCUAAUUAUACAUUGGUUCCUGCUCAUGAUCUCACUAUUGAAUACUUUAUGCCUAAUUAUAUAUCACAAUUUUCUAAAUUUGUUCCUCUUGGAUUUAGUUGGAUCAAAGAUUUCAAGUAUAUACUGAAUGGAACAUUUAACUUAACAAGCAGUAUUAGUUAUAUCUUAAAUGUUUUAAUUCACUACGAUAAGUUCCCAAACAAAGAGUUGACUAUAGAAAUUCCUAUUAAAGUGACUUUUCAAAAUUUUGGAGGAAAGAAAUGGAAUAUAAUCAAAAUUUAUCGAAGUUCUGUCAAAUUUCAAACUGAAAAAAAUCUAAUAAUUAAUAAAGAUUCUUCUGCACUUUCAGACAGUUAUGGCCGUGGUGUUUAUUAUGACCAAAUCAAUAGGCAUAUCUAUAUAUGCAUGAAUCAGCAUGUUUCAAGCUCUAGAUCAGCAUGCUAUUACUCAAAAAAUUAUGGUGAAUCAUGGAUUGCUUUAGAUGUUCAACUUGGUUCAAUUCUUGGACGCCAUUCGAUAACCAACAAGCUGUACGCAAUACAUCGAAAUCAAAAACUAUAUUUGACGUUCAAUGAGUACUAUAAGAAUUGGUUUGCAUUAACCAACGAUGAUUUUUUAAAUAAUGUUUCGAAAAAUAUUAAACUUGAUGCAGUUAAAAACUUGGAAGGUGACGAGGAUCAAAUAUUUAUUUUAGAUUCGAAGGAAUGGAAGGCCAAUGCUGAUGGUUUAUUUUUCCGAAACACAUCAAGCGACUCUUGGACAAAAAGAGCAAAAUGGUUAAAAUAAGAAGUUACAAAAUCACAGAUAACAUAAUAUUUAACAGAGUACGUCUUUUUGCCUACUAUGACCCAAAAAAAAAUUUUACAAUGUUAGUCGUGAUACAAUAAAAUAAGCUAUUAAAAGCCCUAAUAUCACCAUUGGUAUUUUGGAGCGGUUUUUGAAUAAUAUAUUUCUUCAGAGUUUUUUCUAAAUUUUUUAAAAAGAUUUUUGUAUUGCUUGUAGAUAAAUAAUUUGACUUCAUAGCCAACAAAAUAAAUUAUUCGCGACGUUUGAAUUAUCUCUACUUUUUGAAAAUUUUAAGUUAUUGACAGUGUUAUGUACCUUAACAUAAUGUUGUUUAUUGUUCUAUACUCAUUUAUGAUCUCAUGACGUAUAUGACUUGGUUUUAAAUUUUUUUUUACUUUUAAUUUUAAUAUUGUUAAUUUUUUUUUUAUCUCACGAUAAAAACCUAUUCUAAAGUUACGAAUCAAAAAAGCUUGAUGAUUAGA